UACUAUGUUGCAGGUGAGGAUGGGGGCUGAAUUAUUAAGGAAAAACAGAUGGUUAUUAUAUGACAGGAAGUCAAAGAUAAGGAAUUUUGGAAUGUUGUAAUUGAUAACUACCUUGAUAAAGAAACCAUCCUUGACAUGUAUUGCUCCCCAUUAUGUUGUCAGAGGAUAGGUAACAGAGGUGCUUUGGUAAUGGGGAAGGAUGUGAUAGAUAUGAUACCAUGGGACCCAGUAGCCAACAUGAGUUCUUGGUUAAGAAAUUUAAUAAUAGAUACAAGUAUGAUUAAGUGCUAGCCACCUAAUUUGAGAGCCUUUUAAUUAGGUGGCAUCAGCUAUUUGAAUGUCAAAUGUUUCUUGAGGUGUAACAGUUAAACACUAACACAUUCUAGACUUGACUGGGUUGAUUUGAGAUUUACCCUCAUCCAGAAAUAGUACAGGGAAAGGUAUUUGGUCAGGUAAAUAAAGAUCAUGCAGCCAUCUAAAUAUUUUCCUUUGAUUUUCACUUAUUCCGUAGUACAUGUCUGUUACGUUAGACAUACCCCACAGUACUGCCAGGGCAUUGCAGUUCCAUUCAGAAAAUGCUGCUGGGUGACAAACAUGCACGUGUGUCCAUGCACAACAAGGAAGGAAAGCUGCUGGAAUAUUUGUAUGAUGACGCCAAGACAUGCUAUGAAGCGUUCACCAGAGGUGCAAGAGUCUCAAAUAAUGGACCAAGUCUUGGCUGGAGAGAUGGAGCUAAUGCUCCAUACCAAUGGAUCUCCUACAAUGAUGUUCUGGUCCGUGCUGCUGACCUAGGUGCUGGCAUGCAAGCCAAGGGAAUGAAGCCAGAGAACACAACCUGUAUUGGAAUAUAUUCUCAAAACAGACCAGAGUAUGUGAUAUUAGAGCAGGCAUGCUACAUGUACUCCAUGGUGGUAGUCCCACUGUAUGACACUCUGGGACCAGAUGCAUGUUCAUAUAUUCUUAAGCAAGCUGAAAUCUCUAUGGUAAUAUGUGAUACGAAUACCAAAGUGAACUCCCUGCUCUCUAGAAUUGGGGAGACCCCAGGAGUGAAGACUAUUGUAGUAAUGGAGGAGGUAACAGGAGAAAACAACAACAAUGCAAUGCAGAAGGGGGUAGAACUGAUCACAUUCAAAGAGGUGGAGACCCUGGGCAAAGCAAAUCCGAAGGAGUUGAAUCCAUGUACCCCUGAAGAUCUGGCCUUUAUUUGUUAUACAAGUGGUACUACAGGUGAUCCUAAAGGUGCUCAGAUAACACAUAAAGGAAUAAUUGCCACUGCUUCUUCAUGUGGAGUACUCAUGGAACCUCUGAAUGUUGGGCCCAGUGAUGUGCUAAUCAGCUAUUUACCCCUGGCACAUGUAUAUGAGCAGCUCACAGAGACAUUUGUGCACAUGGUUGGAGGGAAAGUUGGCUUCUUUAGGGGUGAUAUCCGGGGAUUGCUUGAUGAUUUGGCAGAGCUCAAACCUACCUUGUUUCCAUCAGUCCCAAGGCUACUGAACAGAAUCUAUGAUAAGGCAAUGGCAGCUGCCUCAGCUAGCAAAAUCAAAAAUGUUCUGCUAAACAUGGCUCUAAACAGCAAGGAAAAGGAUCUGAAAAAGGGUAUUGUUAAGAGAAAUAUUUGGGACAAAAUUGUAUUCAAGAAAAUCCAGCAGUCCCUAGGAGGGCGCGUGAAGUUGAUAACAUCUGGGUCUGCUCCUCUCUCACCAAAAGUCCUCACAUUUAUGAGGUGUGCUGCAGGGUGUGUGGUCAUAGAAGGAUUUGGACAGACAGAAUGCUCUGGUGUUGCCACUUGUCAGAUGCUAGGGGAAGCAGAAGCAGGUCAUGUUGGCCCCCCACUCCCUUGUUGCAUGGUGAAGGUGGUAGAUGUGCCAGAAAUGGGGUACUUUGCAGAUGACGACAAGGGAGAGGUGUGUGUAAAAGGACCCAAUCUAUUUUCUUCUUAUCUGAAGAAUGAGGAGAAGACCAGUGAGGCUCUGGAUGAUGAUGGUUGGCUGCACACAGGGGAUAUAGGGGAGUGGCUACCUAAUGGCACACUGAAAAUCAUAGACAGAAUAAAACACAUUUUCAAAUUGUCACAGGGUGAAUACAUAGCCCCAGAGAAGAUAGAAACAGUGUAUGUGAGGUGCCCCUUAGUGGCACAGUCAUUCAUUCAUGGGGACAGUUUGAAGUCCUGCCUGGUGGCUGUGGUGGUGCCUGACCCAGACACUCUGCCUAAGUGGGCCAAAGAGACCCUGGGACUCACUGGGACCAUGGAGCAGAUGUGUGCCAACCAGGCUGUAAAAGAGCACAUCCUGAAAGACAUGACAGAUAUGGGGAAAGCAGCAGGACUCAAAUCCUUUGAGCAGGUAAAGGACAUUCAUUUGCAUCAUGAGUUGUUUAGUGUGGAGAAUGGCCUGCUGACACCGACAUUCAAGUCAAAACGCCAGGAUAUAAAGAAAUUUUUCGCAACACAGUUAGAUGAAAUGUACAGCAAGCUGGAUUGAGUUCGUAGUAGUUAAUUGAUGCAUGGUAGAACUUAAAAAAAAAAAAUCAGAUAUAAUUGAGGAGCUUUAAGAUAUCUGAAAUGUGGGUAAGUGAAUAACAGGAAAAAUGCUGUUAAUCACAUUUUCGAAAAUCAGAAAUGGAAAAAAAAA